ACCUCCGGUAGAGGGCGUUUUCAUUCGCUCGGCCACGUAAGUCAGGGUCGAAAUUUCCUUCGUAUUACAGAUUUAUCGCUUUAUUUUUACGUGCUAUGGUAAUAUGUGAGAAUGGUAUAGCAGCAGAAAAAGUGUAACAAGUUUUUGUGUUUUUUCACCUCAUCCCGUCAGUGAUCAACAAGCCAUGUCUAACAUACCGACGUCUUACAAUAGUAAUUCGGGACCACAUAAUACAAAUUUGGGACCCUAUCAAUUUAAUCAAAUACCUCCUGGUCAAUUGCCUGGAUCAUUGAAGCAGGAUGCUAACUCAAAUAACCCAGUGCCCCAAUCUGGGUUUAACAAUCAACCAAAUCAUUAUAAUCAGAGUGCAAAUAGCUCCCCAGCCUUUAAUCAUUCAAUGAUGAUGCCUCCAUCUCAGCCAAGCUUGCAGUCUUCGCCCAUAAGACCCCCAAUGAAACCAUUAACUAAUCAAAAUCCAAUACAAAAUAUGCAGAACAUCCCAUCAAGUUCUGCCCAUCCCCACCCAAUGUAUAACUCUAAUCCUUCAUCAUAUCCUCCUAAUCAGCCUCCACGUCAAAUAAAUGACAAUGCUCCACCUCUCAUACCGUCUAGUCAAUAUCAACCUCUAAUGAAUGGCCCACCACCCAUCUCUAAGCCUUCAAUUAAUCAAUAUCCACCAUCCAGUGUGUUUGGACCUCCGCCUACAAAUAUGCAACCACCAGUGAACCCAAUCAACCAAAGACCUCCUCUCCCAAUGGCCUCAGCCUCACCUUUAACAAGUCAAGCUAAUGCCCCUUUCAGUAGUUCUAUGACUGGGCCUCCCAGAAAUAGCCCAUUAAUACCACCCAUGAAUGCACCCAUGACUGGUCCAAAUAUUGUUGGCCCACCCUUAGGGCCCCCUAGGAAUAAUACAGUUAAUGGGCCGCCUAUGCCUGGUCCACCAUUGACAACAAUGCCAGGUCACGAGCAACCAAAAAACCAAAUGAGUGGGCCAUCUUCAUUGCCGAUGAUGCCUAUGGCACAACAAAUACGCCCUCCGUCAAGCCAACCCAUGCCACAACCUCCUUCUAUGGGAUAUACAGCACCACCAGUUAAUAAUAUGAGUGGGCCACAGAGUUUACCAACUGGUCCACUACCACCAAUGGGACAAGCAAUGCCUGGCCCGCCAGGUGCAAGGAGCAAUAUGCAAAAUAGAUAUCCACAAAUGCCACCAAGUAAUUUCCAACAGCAAAGCAUGUCACAAGGAAUGCCACCGCAAGGUAUACCUCAGGGAAUAGCACCUCAAGGUAUACCACAGGGAAUGCCACCACAAGGUAUACCACAGGGAAUGCCACCACAAGGUAUACCUCAGGGAAUGCCACCUCCAGGGCCUCAAAUGCAGUCACAGAACAGGAUGCCUGGCUUGACACAGCAAAUGGGACAAUUGAGUGUGACUCAGCAGGGAUUUGAUCAGUUAUGGGGUCAUCAAAUGGUUGAUCUGAUGCAAUGUAAACAUAUUCUUUCUGAAUACCCAGAGGACCCACCAGAAAUUCGAUUAGGGCCCCAGUUUGCCGAUGCUCCAAAUUGUAGUCCUGAAAUAUUCCGGUGUACAAUAAAUCGGAUACCAGAAAGCAAUUCGCUGUUACAGAAAUCAAGAUUACCUUUAGGAAUUUUAAUACAUCCUUUCAAAGAUUUGAAUCACCUGCCUGUGAUCCAAUGUACUACAAUAGUGCGGUGUCGUGCGUGCCGCACGUACAUAAACCCGUUCGUGUACUUUGUGGACGCGAAGCGGUGGAAAUGUAACCUGUGCUAUAGGGUUAAUGAUUUGCCCGAAGAGUUCCAGUACGACCCGGUGAGCAAGUCGUACGGCGACCCGACCCGCCGGCCGGAAAUCAAAUCCGCGACCAUCGAGUUCAUAGCGCCCAGCGAGUACAUGCUGCGGCCGCCGCAGCCGGCCGUGUAUCUGUUCCUGUUCGACGUGUCGCAGAUCGCGAGAGAGUCGGGCUAUUUACGUAUCGUCUGCGACGUUCUAAAAUCGAACUUGGAACAAUUGCCGGGGGAUGCGCGUACGCAAAUCGGUUUCAUUUGCUACGACGCGCACAUACACUACUAUCUUAUGAGCGACGACCUCACCAAGCCGAAGGAGAUGACAGUGUUGGACAUUGAUGAGGUGUUCCUGCCGUCGCCGGAGUCGCUGCUGGUGAACCUCGGCGAGCACCGCGAGAUGGUGCGCGAGCUGCUCGCGCUGCUGCCGGACCGGUUCGCCGCGCCCGGCGCGCCCGCCUCCGCGCUCGGCGCCGCGCUGCAGGCCGCCUACAAGCUCAUGGCUCCCACAGGUGGCAGAAUAACAGUAUUCCAGACAUGUUUACCAAACAUUGGACCAGGAGCUCUCCAAUCACGAGAGGACCCGAACGCGCGUUCCUCCAAGGACGUGCAGCAUCUGAGUCCAGCCACCGACUUCUACAAGCGGCUCGCGCUCGACUGCAGCGGCGCGCAGGUGGCCGUCGACCUGUUCCUGCUCAGCUCGCAGUACUGCGACCUGGCCACGUUGAGCGGCAUGAGCAAGUUCAGCGCGGGCACGGUGUACCACAUGCCGGUGUUCCUGGGCGCGCGCGCGUGGCAGGCGGCCAAGCUGGCCGCGCUGCUCGCGCGCUACCUCACCCGCAAGAUCGGCUUCGAGGCGGUCAUGCGCGUGCGCUGCACUAGGGGCAUAUCAAUCCAUACGUUCCACGGCAACUUCUUCGUGCGUUCCACCGACCUGCUCUCGUUACCCAACGUGUCACCAGAUGCAGGUUUUGGCAUGCAGCUGGCCAUCGACGAGUCGCUGGGAGACCUGCAACACGCUUGCUUCCAGGCUGCGCUGCUCUAUACAAGUAGUAAGGGUGAGAGAAGGAUACGCGUGCACACGAUGGCCAUACCGAUAGCGAACACGUUACCCGACGUGUUGCACGCCGCUGACCAGCACUGCAUCGUGGGACUGCUUAGCAAAAUGGCGGUGGACCGGUGCGUGUCGGCGUCGAUGGCGGAGGCGCGCGAGGCGCUGAUGACGGUGGCCGUGGACGUGCUCGGCGCGGCGCGGCUCGCGCACUCGCUGCCCGCCGGCCCCGCCGCGCCCGCGCUCUUCGCGCCGCGCGCGCUGCGCCUGCUGCCGCUCUACCUGCUCGCGCUGCUCAAGACGAAAGCGCUCCGCACCGGCACGUCGACCCGGCUGGACGAGCGCGUCGCGGCGAUGUGCGAGCUCAAGUGCCUGCCGCUGGCGCAGCUGCUGCGGCUCGUGUACCCCGACCUGUACCCCAUACACACGCUCGCGCAAUACGUGCAGCGCGACGACGACGAGCAGCUGCCCCACCCGCCGCGCAUGCAGCUCACGUCCGAGAGGAUCAAUCUGAACGGCGCCUAUCUCUUAGACGACGGUGAAACAAUGAUGAUAUAUGUUUGCAACGCGGUUAGCCCCGCUUUCCUCUCAGAGGUGUUUGGCGUAACGGCAUUCUCGCAACUACCCGACGAAGCUAUGAGCAUACCUAAGUUGGAGAAUGAUGGUAACGAGCUAUUACACGCGUUUAUAGAGAAGCUCAAUGACGAUCGCCCAUACCCGUCUAAUAUUGUUGUAUUCAGAGAUAACUCGCCAACACGAUCGCGUUUCACCGAACGACUCAUAGAGGACAGAGUUGAGUCCGCAUUCUCAUACUAUGAGUUCUUGCAACACAUCAAGACGCAAGUGAAAUAAUCUAGUGUGACAGUGAAUAAACAGUGUGUGUUAUAUGGACCUAUAGUGAAAUGUGUGUUGUGAUUUGGUGGCAUCAAGUUUUUAUUAUAUGUAUUGAGAUGGUAAGUUUUUGAUAACGGCUACAAAUGUAUAAUCAAACUUAGGUUUAUGAAAUACAUACAUUUGUAAUUUUAAUCUCUGCAUUCUGCAAAUGUUUUGCAUUUUUCCAUCAAUUUUGUAAAACAAACUGCUCAUGUUUAAUUUUGGGUUAUAAAUGAUAUUGAUGGAAAAUUUAUAUAUUUAAUCAGCUGUUAGACUGUGAAAGCGUAAUAGAUAAAUCAAUUUUAUCUAUCACACUUUUAUAGCGUAACAGCUGUGUCCCAGCAAUGUUCAAGUGAAAUUUGCUUUGAAACAAUAUAAUCUAAUUAAUUGUUAUUGUUUAGAAAGAGGGGUAUCACAUGCAAUAAUUGAGCUAAUUAUAAUAUUUAUUAAACAACAAUAUAUAUUUUAAUGUGUGAUGAAAUGUGAAGUUGGUUACAACUACCCCCAUACCAUAUGAAAACCAUAACCGCUCUAGCAAGAGCGACAUAACAAAAGAGACAAUAGGGAAGAUUAAUUGCUUAAUGUUAUUGUUCUUUAAUCUGGUGUAAAGUUUUUAUGAACAAAAUGCAGAAAAAAUUUAAGUUUGUUAAGGUUU